UGUGAAAGUACACACUUCUCAUCAAGGGAGGAUUGUAGCCACUUUGGAAAUUUGGCCGACCGGCCCUCACGCGGGCGAGCUAACUAUAAAAGACGAGGGCUCUUAGAGGUUUUGUCAAUUCAGAGCCUGGCUGAGUGCGAACAAUGCUGCGGAAGGGUAUUACUGAGAGCUUUGGAGCUGCUAUCCAUGCCCUGGGUGCCUCUCAGCUGACAGAUGGUGUGAUUAACAGGAGCAAAAGGAUGAUGCUGGACACCCUGGGUGUUGGGCUGUUAGGAACCCGGACAGCUGUCUUCAACAAGGCUCUUAAGUACAGCCAGCUGUUCACAUCGGAGCGCAGCAGCAGCAUUUGGGGAAGAUCAGAGAUAACGCUGCCUCCUUGUUAUGCCGCGCUCGUCAACGGCAUCGCAGUUCACUCCAUGGACUUUGAUGACACUUGGCAUCCAGCGACUCAUCCUUCUGGAGCCGUUCUGCCGGCUCUGCUGGCCCUGGCAGAGACGCUGCCCAGCCGGCCUUCUGGUCUGGACUUGCUGCUGGCAUUCAAUGUUGGCAUCGAGGUGCAAGGCAGGCUGAUGAGAUUCUCCAGGGAGGCUUACAAUAUCCCCGAAAGGUUCCACCCUCCCAGCGUAGUUGGAGUGAUGGGGAGCGCCGCGGCCUCAGCCAAACUCCUCGGCCUGUCUCCUUCUCAGUGCAGUCACGCGCUGGCCAUCGCAGCCUCCUCUGCCGGGGCGCCUUUGGCCAACGCCGCCACUCAAACCAAGCCGUUCCACAUAGGGAACGCAGCUCGGAGAGGCUUAGAAGCUGCCUGGCUGGCACAGAUGGGACUGGAGGGAAACCCUUCCAUGCUGGACAUGGACGUCGGUUUGGGAGUUUACUACAAUGACUACAGCCCUUCCACGAUGCCAGAUUGUGCCUCUGGUGCCUUCAGGUGGAUCCUGGAAGAUCAGGAUGUGGCAUUCAAGCGCAUCCCUGCUCACUUGGCCAUGCACUGGCUGGUGGACGCAGCUCUAGCAGCACGUGGGAAGCUCCAAGAGGCGGCCUGGAACUUUGACCUCAGCCAGAUCCAAAGGGUCACCCUGAGAGUGCCUCCGUCCAAGUACAUUAACUGCCCCUUUCCCACCACGGAGCAUCAGGCCAGGCACUCCUUCCAGUUCAAUGCCUGCUCGGCCCUGCUGGACGGCAAGGUGACGGUGGCUUCCUUCGAUGCAGCUCAAAUUAACCGUCCCGCUCUGAAGGAGCUCCUUUCUAAAGUUGAGGUGAAGACGCCGGCAGACAACCAUCCCAGCUUCGACAAGAUGUACUGCGAGGUCCAGAUAGAGACUGCUCAGGGGGAAAGCUGCACAGCCAGAUGCAAUACCUUUUACGGCCACUGGAGGAAGCCACUGAGUCAGGAGGACCUGGUGGAGAAGUUCAUAGUUAAUGCAUCGUCGGUAUUGUGCACGGAGGGAGUGGAGGGAGUGAUUGAUGUGAUUGGGAACAUUGAGAAGGUGACGGAGUGCUCAGUCUUGGGCUCGUAUCUGAGGAUGACCAGUAACACACUCGAGCAAGUGUACAGCACAGGAAUGAUCUGACUGCGUAAUUUAAAGAGACAGUGUUAUGCAAAAUAUAUUUGUCAUGUUAUAGUGUUAUUCCCUCAUCAAAAGCAUACCUGAAGUGUUGCUUAGAUUUUGUUUCAUGAAUGAUUGUGGUCUAAAUAAGCGCUGCCUUUCUCACCCUCUCCUGCUACCCAGCAGCUCAGCUCCUUCAGACUAGACAGCAGCAAUUAGCAAACACCUAAACUGAGCGUCUACUGAGCUAAUAAAAGGAGUUACUUGCUAUAUGAUGAGAUGCUGGUAAAAUCGUUGAAGGAAUUUUGUGAUGCUAAAUGCGACGUGUUGGAAAGAGCAGGAGCUUCUUAAAGAGACAGAGGCCCAAUUUCAAGGUGCUAAAUUGCAAAGUCGAAUUUCUUUUAGGUCAUGUUUUGUAUAUACAUCUUUUUUUAAGUGAAGCUAGGAGUUACUUGAUUGUAC